GGAACCCCUUUCUACCCUUUUUCUCUUCAAAGUGGAUGAAAACACACCAACAAAAUUCAUCAUUUUUGCUUGAGAGAGAGAGAGAGAGAGGUUUUAUUUUAAGCAAAGAGAACACUAUAAAAAAGACAGCAACUUUUGCAAUCUCUGUUCAACUUUCAGACUAAAAGAAGUCGUCCAUUAAUUGAUUCAAUGGGAGCUCGCUGCUCCAAAUUUGGGUAUUUCUCUGCAUCUUCUAUAACCAAAUCCAAAACCUCGAAUUCGUCAGAUAUGGACAAAUGUGGAGAUGGGGAGCAAGGGAAAUGUACAUCUCUCAGAGAAUUUAAGUUAGAUGAGCUGAAAAUCGCCACCUCUGGCUUCUCUGUGGACAACAUUGUGUCUGAACAUGGAGAGAAAGCUCCCAAUAUUGUGUACAAAGGACAGCUCAAAGAUGGCGGACAAUGGGUCGCCGUGAAGCGGUUUCACAAGUCCGCCUGGCCCGAUUCUCGCCAGUUUAUUGAUGAAGCGAAAAUGGUGGGGCAGUUGAGGAGCGAGCGGCUUGCGAACUUGUUAGGAUGGUGUUGCGAGGGAGACGAUAGAUUUCUCGUAGCUGAAUUUAUGCCCCACGAGACACUCUCCAAACACCUGUUUCAUUGGGAUUCACAGCCAUUGAAAUGGACAAUGAGGUUAAGGGUGGCUUUGUAUUUGGCACAAGCAUUGGAUUAUUGCAGUAGUAAGGGGAGGGCACUAUAUCAUGACCUGAAUGCUUACAGAAUCCUCUUUGAUCAAGACGGCAAUCCUAGGCUUUCAUGUUUUGGAUUAAUGAAGAACAGCCGAGAUGGAAAGAGUUAUAGUACGAAUUUGGCUUUCACCCCUCCGGAGUAUUUAAGAACAGGUAGAAUAACUCCCGAGAGUGUCAUUUUCAGUUUUGGCACACUGUUGCUUGAUCUUCUGAGUGGGAAGCAUAUUCCACCGUCUCAUGCACUUGACUUGAUACGUGGAAAGAAUUAUCUGGUGCUGAUGGAUUCAUGUUUGGAGGGUCAUUUCUCAGACGAUGAGGGAACUCAGGUGGUGCGUUUAGCCACACGUUGUUUACAGUACGAAUCUCGUGAGAGGCCAAGUGUCAAAUCCCUUGUCACCAAUCUCACUUCUCUUCAGAGAGAAACCGAUGUGGCAUCAUAUGUUCUGAUGGGCAUAAAGUCUGAUGAAACGCCAUCUCCAACACACUCCCCCAAACUAUCCCCUCUCGGCGAAGCUUGUUCAAGAAAUGAUUUAACAGCCAUCCACAACAUUUUGGAAAAUACAGGAUACAGGGAUGACGAAGGGGUUGCGAACGAGCUCUCAUUUCAGAUGUGGACUGGCCAAAUACAGGAAACCUUAAAUAGUAGGAAAAGAGGUGACAACGCUUUCCGUGUUAAAGAUCUCACCACUGCCAUUGGUUGCUACACUGAAUUUAUUGAGGGGGGAACAGUGGUGUCUCCAACAGUGCUAGCGAGGCGGUCACUGUGCUACCUGAUGAGCAAUAAGGCACAAGAAGCCCUAGCAGAUGCGAUGCAAGCGCAAACCGUGUAUCCUGAAUGGCCCACUGCCUUCUACCUUCAAGCCGCCGCUCUCUUCACUCUGGGCAUGGACUCCGAUGCCAGGGACACCCUGGCUGAUGGAGCUUCUCUGGAAGCCCAAAGAAAAAGACAGUAAAAAAAACUCUGUAUAUAUGAAACUCUGUUCUCCUUUUUAUCUUUUUCUCUUGUUUCUUUAUUUGACUCAUUCUUGGUGGGAGACAUCUUCCAUUUGAAUGCUCAAGAAAUGUUUAAAACACUUGACAAUGUGACAACCACCAACAGGAGGUGAUUUCAUCAUGUCCCUUCUACUUUCAGAGUUUUUAUUGAAACACAAUGGGUAGGUCCCACAUGAUAGGGGCAUGUUUGGUAAGGUU